AUGGUUGAGGAGGGAAUGCCCCUCGGAGAUACACUACUAGAACAUUGUAGUCAUCAUCUCAUUCAUAUGGUUUACUAUUUGGCCUUGCUUCAUUUGUUCAGAUUCCAUCCGCAUUUGCCAUUCAUCAUUGCUCUUUUGUUGCUUAUUGGAUCUUUGGGUAUGAGAAGGCAGCAGGUUGAAUAUUGUAGUCAUUAUUGUAAUCAACUUACAUCCCCAUUAUUCUCUUGGUUUGCCAUUCAUAAUUGUUCUCUUGUUUGCUUACCAAGUCUCAGGGUAAGAGAAGUUAGUGGAGGAGAGAAAUGCCCCUGCGAGCCAUGUCAUUUGAACAGAUUCUCUCUGGAUAAGAGAUGGCGUAUCUGGAUAAGAGAUGGCGUAGAAGGCAAUGGUAUAGCUCAUCAUCUUCCAGACGCAUGCUAA